AUGAUAGCCAAAUACAUUGCUGAAGAUGUUAGGAAACAGAAGUUCAUGAUUGGCAACUUUUAUCACUGGAAGAUGACAGAUGACAAGGACAUCAAGAGUCAGAUCAAUGAAUACCACAAGCUGGUGGAUGAUUUGAAGGUUAAAAAAAUCAACUUGCAAGAAGAGUUCGUUGUUGGGUUGUUGAUUGAGAAGCUACCAGAAUCUUGGAAUGGAUACAAGCAACAACUAAAGCACAAGGAAAAGCAGUUGUCACUUGCAGAUUUAAUUGUGCACAUCAUCAUUGAAGACACAACCCGCAGGGAGAUUAAGGCCUCCAAAGCUAAGGAAAUUACAACUAAAGCUAAUCUGGUGCAAGGCAUAACCCAACGUCAACAAAGGUACCCUUACGAACUUGAUCAUAAACCUAAAGCUCCUCAUCCCACCUUCAAAAAGAAGGGUAGUUGUUUUGUUUGUGGAAAGCCAGGGCAUCAUGCAGCACAAUGCAAGAAAAGAACAAAGGGAAAUGACAAACCUGCUAAUCCAAAAGUCAACUUGGUCAAAGCAGAUGAAUCCGACGAUGUAAUUGUUGCGGUCAUUUCACAAGCAAAUAUGGUGGCCAUUGUGAAGGAAUGGGUGGUAGACUCAGGGGAAGGAGAAGAGACAAUAUACCUUGGUGAUUCUCGAACUGCUCAAGUUCUUGGUAAAAGGAAAGUCCUUCUUAAGCUCGCAUCUGGCAAGACCCUAGCUCUAAAUGAUGUUCUUCAUGUUCCCAAUAUAAGGGCAAACCUGGUAUCUGUGGCCUAUUAG